AUGUCAGAGCCAAAUUACGGAUUUAGUUACGCCGAAAGCAGUCCAGUCCUCGGCGGCAACAAGAUUCACAGCGAAGUCCGAGACGAAGACGUCGUAGUGAGCUAUUACUCGCCCGCGAUACCCUACGGCACAAUAAGAUUUGUGGAAUACAAUGCAGACCCCGUUUCGGACUUUAACGCAGACGUCAAAAGAGUCGGUCAAUUCUCUCACCCGCAACAGACCUUAACUCCUGUUAUUACCAAAGCUGUUGCAUCGGCAGACAUUUCUCAAGCCUCAAUGUUGGCCCCCGAAACAAUUUCCUCUCAUAUAGACUAUAGCGGUCUUGGCGGCUAUUGA